UUCCUCAUCUUCACAUUCAUUCAUAAACACAAAACCAAUCUGUAAAAUCUCACCCGUCUCCUUCCUUAUUCAUAAAUACAAGAUGGGUAGUGAUGACAAACCAUUAUUGACUCUGCUCUCGUUUCUCCAUUCCUUGGCUGGUCCUGCAGUCAUGCUCUUGUACCCUUUAUAUGCAUCGGUAAGAGCAAUAGAGAGCACAUCAAAGGUUGAUGAUGAACAGUGGCUUGCUUAUUGGAUCUUCUACUCUUUUCUCACUCUCAUGGAGAUGGUCCUUGAACCCCUUCUUGUCUGGAUACCGAUAUGGUACGACAUAAAGCUAGCUUUUGUGGCGUGGUUGGUUCUACCACACUUCAGAGGAGCUGCUUUUAUCUAUGAGAACCAUGUUAGAGAACUGUUGAGGAAAUAUGGUGGUAAUUUGUUGGUGAAAGAUCAUACGUCCCCUGCAACCAAGGCCAAGAACAGAUUUGUUGAUGCCAUUACCCCCAAGAAGGUAGAGGACUAAGCCUAGAAGGAGCACGAGGCGUAUUAAAUGUAGAAGAAAAGGAACGUUAUGUGAUUGUUGGGUGUUAAAUGAUGUUGAAAUUUCAGUUAAAUGAAGUUGAAAUUCAGUCCCCUCACUGUAGAUUCUUGUUUUGAGUAGUUAGAUUUUGGUGUUAUGUAAGAGAGGAGGGUCUUUUUUUUCUUUUGCUUUUGCUUUUUUGAAAAAGAAGUGCAAUACUAAUUGGUGUAGUUUAUGUGUCGACUUCUUUAAUUAUGUGUAGUUUAUCUAAUUUUACACUUUUA